AACAUGCCUGCCUGGGCAGCGGCGCUCGCCGGGGAGCGGGGCCGGCUCCAGGAGGAUUAUUAGCCCUCAGCCACGAGAGGGGGAUCAAGGAAAACCAGCCAGCAGAGCAGGAGGUGGGGGGGCAAGGCAGAGACUCAGCCCUGCCACCCCCCCAGAACCGAGCUGCCCGGGCGCUGGAGGAGAGCAGCAGCCCCGCCAGAUUGGUGUCUUGGCUGGCUAGAGUCCCAAACACUUCAGGUCCUGAUGGGGGACUCCGGAUCAAGACGUUCAACUCUUGUGUCUCGACUGCCAAUAUUCAGGAGAAGUAUUAGUCGAAGACAUGACUCCCUUCCUUCCUCACCCUCCUCCAUUAAUACUGUGGGUGUCCAUAGCUCCUCUCCCUCCAGCACCAACUCAAGCUCAGGCAGUACAGGCAAGCGAAGGAGCAUAUUCCGCACACCUUCCAUCAGCUUCCACAGCAAGAAGGGGAGUGAACAGAAGUCUGAAUCUGCAAGCCAGAAUGUAAGUAUUUCAAAUGGUGCUCAGUCAACUCACAACAAUUUCCAAAAAACGAGCUUGGAAGAACAUGUUAAAAGCAGAGGGAGGCAUUCAGUUGGUUUCGGCAGUUCACGGAGCAAGAAGAUAACAAGAUCCUUGACCGAGGACUUCGAAAAGGGGAAAGAGCCAUCAACUAAUAAGAAUGUCUUUAUAAAUUGCAUACGUUCUGGAAAAAACGAGGGUGAUGACUCUGGCUUUAUAGAGGAGCAAAGUAGACGAUCUAUUAAGGAAUCCUCACGGAAACUUCUCCCGAAAUCUUUCUCAUCACACUACAGGUUUUCAAAGCCUGUCCCCCAGAGCCAGUCAGUUUCCUGUGUACAACAGUCUGGAUGCUUGUUGGAGAUUAAACCAUAUGUUGAAAGCGACCCCAUAACAGUAAGGUCCUCUCCAUCAUGUUCUGCUGAGAUAACAGAAUGUGCAGGAAGUUCUUUGCAAUCACCACAACUUUCUGCAGAUCUCACCACAGUCCAGACCCCUUCGGAAUUUUUAGCCUUGACUGAAGAUUCUUUCUCAGAAGUUGAUGUGGUGCCCAAUAGUGGAAACAUGGCACCACACACAAAGAACUUAGACAAUAAUACUUCUACCUCUCAGAUUUUCCUCAGUCCUGUUGUUGCUUAUGUGAGAAAAAUAGAUCAUGUAGAAAAUACUUCCCUGUCUGCUGUUAUAUCUCCUGUGAAUCAUACAAGCUUUUGUAGUACUGAAUCAAAUACUUUACCUAAAAAUACUGCUGCUAAUCAAACACAAGUAUUAUUGCAAGCCACUGAACUUCCUGGUAAAGAUGCCGGGCACAUAGGAGAAAUUAACUCAGCAGAUGCACAGUUAGAAACUUUUGUGUUACAUCAUGAAGAAAAAACAGUGGAAUGCUCUCCAAAGGCUAGUGGAUUAUGUGGGGACCAACAUGAAAUAACGUUAUCUGAGUACAUUAGAGAAACAAUUCCUGUAACAGAAUCGAAGAUUAUUCCCUCCUCCUCUGAAUCCCGAUCCUUUAAAACACAACAGGGGCAUGAAAUAAAUCACUCUAAAGUUAAUCUUGCCAGUAGUUUUAGUCCUUACCGAGAAGGCAGACUCAUAGAGAAGCGCCUGAGAUCCUCGUCAGAAGGCAAUGCUGGAAGCAGCAGGAUGAUCUUAAAACCAAAGGACGGAAACACAGAAGAUCUUCAUAGCUUGCGGAAGCAGAGAGCGGGCUCGUCAUCUUCAAAAAUGAACAGCCUGGAUGUUCUGAAUAACUUGGGUUCCUGUGAGUUGGAUGAAGAUGACCUCAUGCUUGAUUUGGAAUUCCUAGAAGAGCAGCAUCACCAUCGUUCUGUUUGCCGGGAAGAUUCAUAUCAAUCCAUAGUCUCCUGUGCUGCCGUAGUACUUACACCUAUAGAACCACCUGGGGAAGCAAAGAAAAAAGAAGAGCCAAAAAUGCCUGAUGUGGCCAAACGGAACCUCUCUCUGAAGUUGUCAAAGGAGGUGGACCAAGGAGAAGCUAGAUGUCCUCGUGUCAGCCAGGUGGCCAGCAGUCCCACUGUGGAGUGGCCUUUUGCAGGCCUGGAAGAAGGUGGAGGCAUGGAAUCUUUGCCCUUCCGACUGAUGAUGCAGGAUUGCACAGCUGUAAAGACGUUACUGCUGAAAAUGAAGAGAGUUCUUCAAGAGAGUGCAGAUAUGAGUCCUGCCAGUAGUACCACUUCACUUCCUGUUAGCCCACUUACUGAAGAGCCAGUGCCUUUCAAGGAUAUAAUGAAAGAUGAAUGUUCAGUGCUGAAGUUGCAGCUGAAGGAGAGAGAUGAACUCAUUUCCCAACUACGUGAGGAUCUGGAGAAAGCCCAACAUUUACAGAAGGCUCUCGCUUCCCAAGUAGAUAAAUCCACACAGACUGAACUUGUAGGCCAUGAUGCUACAUAUCUAAACAAAGUUGUGAGCCAAAACCUCAACACAAGGGACAGAAAGUCAGCACAUACUCCCACCGAGGACCCUUUUAGAUAUUCAUUGGGCAACCAAGCAACUGCCUAUGAAAGCAAAAGCUGUCAGCUGUCAAGUUUGUGUCUGAGUAACCUCCUGAAAGAUAAAGAAAUAGUGGAAGUCAUCAAGCACACGAGAGACACAUAUGAGACCCUCACUUCAGAGGUCACCCAGAAUGUUUUGGCCAACGCUACACAAAGUACAACCAAGCCAACACCCAAGACAGAGAGCUUCCCAGGGUUGGCUGGGGCGCCGAAGGAUCAGGCUGCUGUACCCCGGCAGCAUUCCACUUUCACGGGGAGAUUUGGACAGCCUCCGAGGGGACCCAUCUCCUUACACAUGUACAGCAGGAAAAAUGUUUUCCUCCACCACAACUUACACACGGCAGAGCUGCAGACUUUAGGCCAAAAAGAUGGCUAACUGAGUCCUCAUAUUCUUGUUAUAGAAGGAGAUAAAGUCAGUUAAGGGGGAAUGUUGCUCAUCUAGAGCUCAGUCUUAAGUUCUCAUCUGCAGCUACCUUUAAUUUUUUAACUUUUAACAUUGUACAUGGGCUCCAUAUUUUCCCUGUUUAGGGAGGGUGGGGAUGGGGGUGGACUAGCAUGUUAACUUAAGUAACUAGAUUGAAUUGUCUUGCCGAAGUCGUCAUAUGUAUAAUAAAUGGGACCAUCUUGCUGGGAUCUCUAGUCCAAAAUAGGCCCAAUAUUUUUCUCAUCUUUUUGCCUCUGUGAACCACUGACAACAUUGAAGUUUUCCAGCAGGUGAUUUCAAAUAGCAAUGUAUUUAUUUAAUAAUGUUACUGUGAAAGUAGAUGUGAGGAAUGAGUAGGUAAGUAACUAGUAAACACUCCUGAAUUGUAUAGAGACAAGGGAGAUAAUGAGACCGAAGUCUUUGGGGCACUCUUUUUGUAUCAUGUUUUUUGUUUCUUUGAACAAUGAAAUUUGCUCACAUAUAAACUAGAGAUUCGCUGGCUUCUGUUGUGUGAAUUUUGAGAAUGCCUCAUCACACCAGUAGAGGAAGAGACUGCUUUUAAUUUUCUUCUAAAUGUUCAGUUCACACAGGUUCACCAAGGAUUUCAGAGUAAUUGGAAUUCAAAUUGAGAGUGACAGCUUUGAUCCUCCAAAAACUUUGGUUUUUUACUAUUUGUUGUAUUAUGAUGUCACAUUUUAGUGAUAUUUGGUGUACUUUCACAGAUGAUACAUCACUCAUGCAUUGAACAGCACAGACUGUCGUGCUGUGUCAUCAUCUAAUGUCAUGCCACAGUCCAGUGUAUCAAACUGCAAAUCGAUGAAAGACUAAAGGAAUUCCAUUGCCUUAUCCAGUCCUUAUCGGCUGAUGUUCAAAUUACUCUAAUGUAAAUCAGCAUGUCUCCAAAGCUACAUCUGUGGUUAGUGACCUGGAAUAGUUGAUGACCUGGACUAACUCUGCAUGUUUGGCAGUCUAUUUGUCAUAUUACACACCUGUUGAAACCCAUAUAGUCCUAGCUGACCUACAGCAUUCUAGUCUCAGAGGAAUUUGAAGUAAUCUGAUCACACUGAAGAGCUUGCAAACAUGCCAGUGACAUAAAAUCCUGGUUGCUCCUUCCAGCAGACUUGAAACUGAGUGACUAAGACAAGAUAUGCUAAAUGUGGCAUAUACAAAACUUGAUUCUUAGCCUAACAUGUCUCUGAUGGCAGGUAAUCUGUUUGAAUAAUAAGACAUAUAAGAGCUCUUGAAUAACAAGAAUCUCAAGCAUUUCAGGGCAUAAGAAGCGGACCAAUAAAUCUGAAUAAGGUCACCUCUCUUUUUAUUUAUGAUUAAGUAUGGAGGAGGAAGAGGAAGGGGUUCAGCAGAUCCUUACUCAAAGAUUCAAGUAGCUAACAUACCCUAACCAAUAGAAAAUGAAACUCCUAAAGGUCAGCAGUCAAGUAAUGCACACAAUACCAUAUACUAGGAUAACAAUUACCUACAAGUAAGCAUAACAUCUGCCUAGCCGCGCAAUCCAGUUAUCAGAUUUGUGUAAAGACUGCUUGGGGGAAGAAACACGUGGGUUACAGGCCUUGGAAAAUGUGCUACAGAGCCAUUGUAGUAGCCUUAAAUCACCAGGCUUCUGUUUAUUGAGGCUUCCAAUUAGGGCUAGUUUUGAGACAUCAUCUGCUGUUGAAGACACCAACGUUUGUCUGAAUAUGCUAUAAUGAUAACUUUGGAUUUGCAGAGCUAGGCACAUGUGAAUCAAGGUGAAUAUAUACAAACAUACUCACUUUGUUUCUCUUUGUGUGUUGUUACUGUCAAAAUGGAACAACGCAAAACUGCAAAAACAGCUUUGUUGAAUGAAGUAGGGCUGUUCAAGACUCCUAAUGUUGCUUUGAUACACGUAAAGUCUACAGACUUAAAAAACAAAAUAGUAGUACCAUUAUUUCACUAUUUAGAUCCAUGUUUUCAUCUGAGCAACUUCUUAAGGUUAUGGUAGAUUGAAAAAGACAACAAUGAUUAUUAAUUACAGAUUUCAGCCUGGCCUUUCUCAAGAGUUGAUGUAUGCAAUUAUAUUUCAAAUCUGUAAAUAAAUUAAAAUAUUGUAAUUAAGGGCAUUUUUUUUUCCAGAACACAAAUGUACUAUACUACAUAAAAACCUCUUCAAUUUUAACUGAUGUACUGUAUUUAUAGUUGAUUUUUUCCUGGAAAAAUGGACUUUUGGAUUACACUUUAUUUAAAAAAAAAACUAUCUACACAUUUAAAAAAACAUUUUAGAUGCUACUAUUUUCUUGGAAAAAUCUUUUUUAAAGCUGAAACUUUCAAAAAAAACUGGAGAAAACAGGUCAAUUAAAGUGAGGGAUAUUUUUAAAAAAUAUCUUGAAGCUGUUUUGUAUCAGUAUUUUCAGCAUUGUUAUAAUAUUAUUUGUAAUUCUAAGUGUAAAGCUGGUUCUGAGAUGGGAGUAAGCCACGUGUUAAUGUACAAUACAGCAGUAUCUGUAAAACGGGUCCUUUGUGUGAUCCUCUUGUAUGUAUAGUAACUCAUAAAGCAACAGCAUGUGGACAUUCUUUCAGUGAAUUGAUUCCUUUGUACUAAAAUCUCUAGUUUUCUAAGACAGUUCCAUGUAUAAAAAUGAUUUAUACAUAUCUUCAAGGCUGUACAUAACCAAAAACAUGACACCUGGGGGAAAAAGGACUUAUUAUU